GGCCGCGGCUGCUAUAAAGCCGCCGGACUGCGACACAGCCCAUCCCUUGACUGCUCCCUUCGCCCUUCAUUGCCUCCUUUUUGCUCCGAGCCCCACCCUCAGCCAUGGCAUGCCCCCUGGAUCAGGCGAUCGGCCUCCUGGUGGCCAUCUUCCACAAGUACUCCGGCAGGGAGGGUGACAAGAGCACGCUGAGCAAGAAGGAGCUGAAGGAGCUGAUCCAGAAGGAGCUCACCAUUGGCUCGAAGCUGCAGGAUGCUGAAAUUGCAAGGCUGAUGGACGACCUGGACCGGAACAAAGACCAGGAGGUGAACUUUCAGGAGUAUGUCACCUUCCUGGGGGCCUUGGCUUUAAUCUACAAUGAAGCCCUCAAGGGCUGAAAAUAAAUUGGGAAGAUGGAGACACCCUCUAUGGGCCUGUCUGAGUCAAAUCCAGGGGUGGGUAAUUGCACAAUAAAUAUUUUUUUUUUGGUCAAAUCUA